GCAGGCUGCAGCCUGCAAAUUGAUGCUGGCGCUUACCGUGUCAACAUAGAAUGAUGACUCUCACACGCAAUCACACGCACGAAUGACGGCCUACCACGGGACCACGGCACCGCUGCCAUCCGGCGUCGUGCACCUCACCAACUUGGUCCCUGAGGCUGAUGCGCACGCCAUUCUCGCCGCGCUGGACAUCAGCGAUGUAAAAGCGACGAAUGAGGGCGUGCGCGUCCCACUGCCGAACGGCCCGCCACAAGCCGCCGUCGCGGCGGCGCGAGCCGCGUUCAAAAAGGCGGCGGCGGCGGACUCGGCGCUCUACGGCGAGCUCGUCGAGGCGCCGCUGCUGGCGCAGUGCGUGGCCUACGGUAUCAAAGGGUCGAUGGCGCCCCACGUCGACGCGAGCCCUACGCGGUCGAAGCCGCUCGUCGUAUUGUCCUUCGGUCUAGACUGCGUCUUCCGGGCGGGCGCGGCCAAGCUGCGGCUCCGGUCGGGCGACGCCGUCGCGCUCGACGCCGCGACGACGCUGCACGGCGUCGACGCCAUUAUUGCCGGCACGGCGGCACAGAACGUCCGCGUGUCGCUGAUGUUCUACGCGGCGCCACCACCGUGCGAGCGCGGCGACGACGGAGCGCUCGACGGCGCCGCGGCGCUCUUCGACGACGAGUCUGAUGAAGACGACGACUACGCCGUCCUCCUCUUCUACAAGUACGCGCGGUGGCGCGACCGCGACGCCUUCCGCGCGGCGCAGGAGGCGACCUGCAGCGCUCUGCAACUGUGCGGCCGGCUGCGUAUUGCUGAGGACGGCAUCAACGGCACGCUCGGUGGGCCGCGCCGGGCCCUCGAGGCCUAUAUCCAGGAGACGCGGCGCCAGGCGGCCGGGCAGGGCGUGUCCGUGGACGACGUCGACUGGAAGUGGGGCGCGGCCGACCCCGCGCGGCCCCUGGAACUCCAGAAGCUCCGGACGCUCUCCGUGAAGGCGUGCCGCGAGGUCGUCGCGUUCUCGGACUGCGGCGGCGUAGACCAACAAGCCAUCGGCGCGCCGCCCGCGCGCAAGGUCGACGCCGCCGAGUUUCAUUCCGUGCUCGAGAGCGGCGCCGCCGGCGUCGUCCUGGUCGACGUGCGCAACGUUUAUGAAAGGAGGGUCGGCCGCUUCGAGGCCCCCGGCGUCCGCGACGCCGACCUGAAACUGCGCCAGUUCUCGGAUUUACCAAGGGCCCUCGACGACGGCGCCCUAGAUAGUGCAAAGACGAUCCUGAUGUACUGCACGGGCGGCGUCCGCUGCGAACGCGCGUCGGCCUACCUGCGGUCGCGGGGCGUCGCGGGCGACCUCUGCCAGUUAAACGGAGGCAUCCACCGCUACCAGGAGCGGUACGGCAACGGCGGCUUCUUCCGCGGCCGCUGCUACGUUUUUGAUCCCCGCAUGGCCGUGGGGGCGCCGGGCGAGGCGUCUCCCCCAAUUGUCGGCGCCUGCCGCCGCUGCGGCCGCGCCUGGGACGCCUACGGGGACGAGCGGUGCGACCGGUGCCGCAUGCGUUUGCUUGUUUGUGAUUCGUGCGAUGGUGACGGGCUCGCGUGCGAGCUCUGUGAUUCGUAAAAUACAAUUGUUAC